GCGGGUUCUGGUUCUGGUUCCGGGCGAUGGCGGCGGAGCGGCCGCGGCCAGCGCUGGGAGCGGGCCCGGGCAGUGAGCGAGCGGAGCGGGUGCGAUGAGCGGCCGGCGCUGAGCCAGCGGAGAUGGACGCGGAGGCCACCAUCCCCAUCUGGCAGAACAAGCCCCAUGGCUCAGCUCGCAGCGUGGUCAGGAUGAUCGGCUCCAACCUCCCCCUGAAGCCCUGUCCCAGGGCCACCUUCGAGGUGCUGCCCAGUGUCUCAGAUCUGUAUCUGGGUGAGGUGCCCCCCGUGCCCACCCUGGCUGACAUCGUGUGGAUCGCAGCGGACGACGAGGAGACCUACGCCAGGGUCAGAAGUGACACUCGCCCGCUGAAGCACAAGUGGAAGCCGAGUCCCUUCACGGUGAUCCAGAGAAACGCCUCAGUGCCCAACCUGAGGAAGCAGGAGGAGAAGCUGCUGGCCCUGAAGAAGCCUGGCUUGCCAGCCCUGAGCCGCACCACAGAGCUCCAGGAUGAGCUGAGCCACCUGCGGAGCCAGAUCGCCAAGAUCGUGGCUGCAGACUCAGCCUCGGCCCAGCUGACCCCAGAGCUGUUAUCUCCGGGGAGCUCCAACGCCUCUUCUCCCGUCCAUUGCUUCGGACCCUCCUUCCAGUCCACCACGUCCUUUGUGAUCAGCGACAUCACGGAGGAGGAGGCGGAGCUGGAGAGCCCCGAGCCGCCCUCGGUGGCCGAGCUGCCGCCGCUGUGCCCCGCGCCCGAGGCCCGGCCCGAGCCCCCCGAGCAGGAGGACUCGGUGUCCCUGUCCAAGGCCAGCAGCUUCGCCGACAUGAUGGGCAUCCUCAAAGACAUCCACAGGAUGAAGCAGAGCAAAGAUUUGAGCCGCCCUUCCCUGAAGGAGGAGGACCCGGCCGUGCUCAUCGCUGAGGUCCUCAGGAGGAAGUUUGCCCUGAAGGAUGAAGACCUGGCCCUGAAGGAGAAGUGAAGCUGCUGCACUCAGCUCUGUAAGCAGAGUUUAUGCUCCCACAAGCUCCUCACAGUAGCUGCCUCCUCCCAAGGGUCGAGCCUUCUGCCUCUUUUAUUGACCAGACGUGGUUUGUGCGCCGGACACUUGGUUAGGAAAUUGGAUUUGAUGUGUUUUCCAUGUGUUGUUCUAUUUAAGAAAAACCUUUUUAAGAAGAUGGAAGCUCUUUUCCAGCUGUGUUUUGGUGUUGCUGGCUGGUGAGGACCUGCUGCUGGAUGAAGUCCUUUGUAGCUGCACUUUUCCUUAGGUUCCAGCUGAGCACUGAGCUGUAAGGACAGACCCAGUUCCUGCCCAGUAUGAACAGGACAGACCAGUCCUUUAUCUGAGUGAGAGCUGCUGAGAACAAGCUCCUGAGAGCUUCCAGCUCUCUGGGGCUGUUGGAUCAUGGUGGGAAAAGGGGUUUUAUUUCCCCAGCAACCCCCUGGUCUGAGGGAUUCUGUGUGCCCUGGCUGUUCCUCGUCUCACAGAUCAGCCCACACUUGCAUGGCAGAAUGGCCUUAAUUUCCUGCCAGUAAUUCCAUGUCCCUGUCCCCCAGCCUGGGUUUUAUUUCACCUCCCAAAGGUCUGCUCCUUGACCUGGCAGCAGUGCAAAGGGCCAGGAGGAGCUUGGCCUUGGCUGUGGCUGCAGUUCCCCCUCACUCAGAGCUCUCCCCCAGCUCCACGUUCCCUGCAGUGCCCCCCAUGGCUGUAUUUAAAGUAUGAUUUUUUUUUCCUUUCUAUAAAAUGGAGCCUUAAUAAGA